GAAGCACCAUUGCCAGCGCUGUUCACCUUCUUGGAUAUUUAUCAAGCUCAUAUAUACGUUGACCACAAGAGUUCUGCCUGCUAUGACACUAAAGAACUCCCCGCCAUUCGACUUCGAACUAUAUGAUCGCCCUGGCAGGCACUGGACAGCGUCUCAACGGACUAUGUUCGUCAAUGAGCUACGUGCUCUAGCUUCCCAGUGUCUCUAUCCCCUCCCGGAUUACCAGUGUCUUUCUUCCGCAACGGGUGCCCUGGACGACAAGUUGAUCGUUAUCGCUCGUCGCCCUUCCGACUCUGAGAUAGUGGCUUUCGUCUCAUCUGUCUUUCUACCUAUGCCAGCUGCUGCUGGCUAUGCAUCACCAUUUACCGUCUUCCAUACAGGAUUGACGUGCAUAUCACCCAAGAUCCGUCGGACGGGGAUGACUAUAGAGCUGUUCGCUCGUAUCUUUUUCUACAUGACUUCCCGUCAUCCAGAAGGAUUCUGGUUGACAAGUCUUGCAGAGGUUCCCAGUAGUCUCGUCAGCAUCUCACAUUACGCCACCAAUGUCUUCCCUUCGCCCUAUAUUACAGAACCAACCUCUAUGCAUCUCCACAUUGCGGAAACCAUUUCCAGACAAUAUCGAGAUGUUCUUCUCAUUUCUCCGGCGGCGGUUUUCGACGCGGAUCGUUUCGUUUUCGAAGGUUCGAACGAUCUUGGGUCAUGUUUCAGAAAGGAUCGUGACGAUAAACAACUACAUCACAGAAGGACUGAUGUAAACGAAUACUAUCGAGACCUACUGGGAAAGGGUGAAGGGGACGAAGUGUUGCAGGUUGGAUAUGUGACACGAGAACGGAUCGUCCAGGCUAACAAUGAAGAAGCUCGCCUGCAGCGGUCAGUCACACCAUUAAAGGCGAAACUGUGACUGGUGACCUCGAGGAUGUUGCAGUCAGAUAUCGCAUUCAGGUCACCUAGGCCUGGUAGGCAAUCCAGGGCAACUUGAUGAGCAGGAUGUUAAGAAAACAGCCAAUGUUGCAAGAUACAUACCCCGCUAUGCUCCUACAAAACCUAUCUCCACAAGCGGACCAGAAUAGUCCAACGAAUCUGUAAACGCUACCGUCUGGGUGCUUCCCAGCCUCCAACCAAGACGCGUUGCAUGAGUAAGGUCCACAUAUCUGAUUGUCUUAUGAUUAGUUGCAGCUACCACUAUGAAAUGAAUAUCACGAACUCAUGAUGCCCGC